CACACUUUGGUCGAAUUACUGAACAAAACUGAAGAAUACUCCUACAAAAAGAAAUCUGAUGCUGUGCAGUUGUUAGUGAAUCAGCUAAAAAGAAGAAGUUUCAAACAGGUUUGGGAGGACAACUUUACAUACCAGCAUGAACAAAUAAUGAUACAAACUAUACGUAGUCUGAAAGAAACAAGAGAGAAAUUCAUUGAAGAGGUUGUCAGUUUGCUGGGUCAGUGUGCCCAGGACGCAAAAUCACAGUGGGAUGAAAACAAAGCAAGUGUGCAUAAUCUGAGGAUAUUUAAUCCCUACUACAGUGGAAGACAUCCCUGUUAUAAGCUGAAGUUGUUUAACAUGGCUUUUGGAAAAAUUGAAGACCUGGACUUCUGUAAUUUUCUGGCUGAUACUAGGAAAGUCGUGGAGAACUACAAGGACAACGCUUUGAAACUCCUGGAUACAAAAGUACAAGAACUGGUAGAUGCACAUGAGAUUGAUCCUGAAGUGAAAAAUGAGAUUAAAGCCUACGUCCUGAAGUCAGCUCAGUAUGAAUUAAAUGAUGCUAUAGAAUGGUACAUGGGUAAAAUCCGAAUGCCAUUUGCUGAGAAGAAAUUGACAGAAAUUGUGAAUCGAUGCUUCAAGGACUGCUUCAGAACAAAGCUGCUGAAGAAUGCCUUUGCCUGCACCACAGUUGAAGAAGCGAAGAAGCUGGUAACAGAAAAACUGGAAAGUACUGUCAUGGCAGCUAGCGACUACCUAAGGACUGACCUGGAAAGAGAUCUUCACAAAAAAAGGUAUAUGAGUGCAACCAGUCACAGAUGUUAUAUACUGUGGAUCUAAUGUGUUUUGUAUGAAUCAAAUUAUUGUGGGCACAGGACACCUUGUUGCAGGCAGGCACUGGAUGAAUUUAUUCAACUGCAGGUGGGAACAGGUGGUUAGAUAAUGGAACUUCUAUACUAUCUAUGUUAGUACUGAGAACACACUCUUCAUUUGGAAAGGACGUACUGAUCACACAAAACUAGGAAACAACUUCCUCAAUCGAUGAUUAACAGACCAUAAACUUCUACUGUGACACAAGCCUUUUUUAGUAUGGUGAGAAUGUGCAAGGCAGAAUCCAGCACAGAAGACUUCAUGAAUAGUAUUCAUUUCCUCUACAAGGCACAGUCAGUGACAACGUUUGUAUUCUUGGUAACCUGAAUAAACUAAUUGAAAAAUGUGCUUUUGUUACAACUAAGCAGCUGCUUGGUGAAGUUCAGACUGAAAUAUAGCCGUUUUUCACAUUGCUGUUCUGUAAAGGUUGUAGACAUUCAA